UUCCACAGCUCUCCUUCCUCAUUCCAUCGAGUUUCACCGCACAUCGUCUUUGCAUGCAACUGAAAAACUAGUCUUAAGGUUUCAUAUGUAGAGAGAGAAACAUCAAGAGAGAGAAAGUUAUAGAGAGAGAAAAAGAGGAGAGAGAGAUAUAUAGAGAGAGAUAGAGCUAUGGAGAUUUUGUCCCAUGAAAAUCUCUCUUCUCGUGCCAAAAUAUAUUUUAACGCAAUCUCAAAUUCAGCAAAAACAGUCGUCUUCAUCUUCAUCCUCCUCUUCUUAGCUGCCUUCUCAUCUUCUCGUUGGAUCGGCAAACAUUCUUUCCCAAGCAUAAGCGCCAAUACUGGCUUAAAGUUUCCAUGGAUCACAACCCAACCCAGCUCCCAACCCAGCCCCCUACCCAAAGCUCAGCCCAAUAGAAAGCCCAGCUCACAAAGCCUCACUUGCUCCUCUAAAAGCCCAUCAAACUCUUGCCCUACUCAUCCUUCCCAAUCCCACAAUAACUCACUUUCCCCCACCCCUCCCCCGAUUCCUCCACCCUUCCCCCAACCAAACUGCCCUGACUACUUCCGGUGGAUCCAUGAAGACCUCCGUCCUUGGUCCGCCACCGGAAUCAGCCGAGAAAUGCUGGAUCUCGCCGCCCCACUGGCCGCCUUCCGCCUUAUCAUCGUUGACGGCCAUCCUUACAUCCACCAUUACCACCCUGUCUUCCAGACCCGCGACCUCUUCACCAUCUGGGGGAUUCUUCAGCUCCUCCGUCGUUACCCCGGCCAGAUCCCGGAUCUCGAUCUCAUGUUCAAUUGCGAAGACAUGCCGGUCGUCCACGCCCCCAAUGGCGGCCGCUCACCGCCGCCCCUCUUUCGAUACUGCAAGGAUGAUACAACAUUGGAUAUUGUUUUUCCCGAUUGGUCCUUUUGGGGUUGGCCUGAGGUGAACAUCAGGCCAUGGAAUACGCUGGCUGAGGAGCUGAACGAGGCGAAUGAGAGGCUGCCGUGGAGAGAGAGGGAGCCUUAUGCGUACUGGAAGGGGAACCCUGAUGUCGCAGGGACUCGUGGGGACUUGAUGAAGUGCAAUGUGACUGAUAAGAAGGAUUGGGAGGCGAGACUGUUUAGGGUUAAUUGGGUUAAAGAAGGGAGACGACGAUUCAAACACUCCAAUUUAGCCGACCAAUGCUCUUACAGGUAUAAAGUAUAUAUAGAAGGAAGAGCUUGGUCGGUGAGUGAGAAGUACAUCUUAGGUUGCGACUCACCGACGCUCUAUGUGCAGAGUCGGUUUCAAGAUUUCGUAAGUCGUGGGCUCAGGCCGGGCCUCCACUACUGGCCCAUUCCACAGAACGACAAGUGUCGGGCUAUUAAACAGGCCGUUGAGUGGGGCAACUCCCAUCCCGCAGAGAUACAGGCGAUGGGGAAAAGAGGAAGUAGCUUCAUCCAUGAAAGCCUUCACAUGAACUAUGUAUACGAUUACAUGCUUCAUCUUCUCACUGAAUACUCAAAGCUCCUAACUUUCAAGCCCACAAAACCAGAAGACGCCAUGGAUCUCUGCUUGGAGUCUGAGGCCUGUCCCUCUCAUGGAAAGGUUCGAGAAUUCCUCAUGGAAUCCAUGGCGGCGGAACCCAUCUCUAAUGACUCAGAGCCCUGUAAUCUGCCUUCUGGUUUUCAGCCUUCGGAGCUCAAACAACUUCUCAUGGAGAAGACCACUGAUGGGACGAAGAUGGUGGUGGAAAGUAUGAUUAGGAGGAGCCAUGGAGGGAAGAGGUUAUCAGGUAGUGGUUUUGGGAUACGUGGCGAGGUCCUUGGUCUUCUACUGGUGGGCACUUGGUCUAGUGUUGGUGGGCUCUUGGUCUUCCAUCUUUGGGGCCCGUCGUAG